CAAUCAGCUGAUAAGAUUCAGUGUCAGUAGUGAUCGUAAAAGUAGGGCGUUGUGUCCGUUGCGUCGUAUCUUGUUUUAUUAAUUAACUAUUAAAAUAAAUUAAGUUCGUCGUUCCCAAAAUGGGGAAUCAUUUUACAAUAAACAUGGAAGAAAAUUUUAAAAAGAAUCAAGAAUUUAUCCAGACAAUUAAUAAAAUCAAGAUGGAAAGACAGAUUCAAUUACAAUAUCAAAUGCAAGAGCGACAAAUGGCUUUGCAAAUUGCUAAAAAUAGAGAUACCUGUCUUUGGAUGACAGCUUUUUACAUUACUGCUACCACUGGCUUAUUCACAGGACUAAGGAGGUAUUCGAUAAUUUUCAGGAGGACAAAGAGGCCCUACCUACUGAUGCCACUAAUACCCUUAACAUUUGUGACCCUUUAUUAUUGGGACCUUGCCUAUGGAAACAAAGUCCAUAGGAUUAGAAUGGAAGCUGAACACAUCAUGACCCAUGAAGCGGAGUCUCUGGAGUGGCCGUGCGGUCUUCCGUCUCCGUCUUCCAUCGACAUUGGGCGUGAGGACGAGGAGGAGAAAAAACGAAUCCAUCCGCCACUUCUAUAAACUGUUCAUCAACAAUCUCAAUGUUCAGGCAUGUGCCUUUAGCUUUGUAGUUCAAAAAGCGUUUAAAAUAAAUCAAUAUCCGUGAAUUAGGAAAAAUUACGUAGUUAAUUACUUUCAUGAGCGAAAUCAUUUUAAAACUAUAUCAUUUAUAGAAAAUAAUCGUUGAAUGUUAUAUUCAUGAUAAAAACUGUAAUAUAUCUGUAUCGUGUAUAGGUAUGUGGACAAAUUUAACUAAACUCAUCUAGACACGCGGCAGCGUGUCAAGCCAAGUUCAAGCAAAGGAACUGGCUAGCCAGCGCCGAGUGUAAUAUUACACGAACCACUUGGUGCCACUUUUGACCCUUCUAUAACUCAAAACAUCUUUGACGUAAACACAUAAAACUACGUGUGUUUAUUUAUAUCCAUAAGGAUAUCUAGAAGCCCAAAUUCCAUGAAGCUAGCUCAAACGGUUAUAAAGGUAUGAAGGUCAAAAAGUCGUAAAUUUUAAGACUGACUUAUGACUUAUAGUACCUAAACCUAACCUACUUCCAGAUGACCUAGAAGGAUGAAAUUUGGAAUCCAGCUUGGUUAUUGUGUGUAACCGUAGGAAAAAAUCUAAAAAUAAAAUAAAGUUUAAAAAUAGGGGGGGUCCCCAUACAAAAAAACCAUUUUUUAUUGGGACUGACAUAUAAGUACCUAAACCUAACCUACUUCCAGAUGACCUAGAAGGAUGAAAUUUGGAAUCCAGCUCGGUUAUUGUGUGUAAGCGUAGGAAAAAAUCUAAAAAUAAAAAAAAGUUAAAAAAUAGGGGGGGUCCCCAUACAAAAAAAUAUUUACAAGAACAAGAACCAAGAACCGUUACAAGCAGAUAUUUGAAACUACCCCAAUACAUGUAUUAUUAUAUUUGCUAUAUUAAAAUAAAGUUUAGUCAAAAAAUAAGUGGUGUCCCCAUACAAAAAACUUGUAAUACGCUCUAAACAACCGGCCAACGGUGUGUCGUCGGCGGCGCGCGGCACCACAUAAUUAUACAAAGAACAGAAGUAAAAACCAUACAGCGGAAACACAAGAAAAAACAUUAAAUCUCAAUACCUGCCUAGUUUUCUUUACAAAAAGUACUGAUAUCCCACCAAAAACAUAAAUGUAAAAAAGGAGAGCCAA